UUAUUAGGAAUAUUUAUUGCUCUCGCAUUUGGCUCAGUGAAGGAAAUUGCUGCCCUUCCCAGUUUAUGAAGAUGUGCAAACAGCCUUAGACAGGGCUUGGGAGAGGAUCCCUGAGAGUCACGUUCGGGGGUUCCGCGGAGCGUCACUCAGUUCCAACGAUCCGCGUCCUCCCCGAGCGUGGAGCGUGGAUGCCCCCAGGCGUCACGGCGCCGGAGCUCCGCCACUUCUAGCGCCCGGCGGGCCCGCCCCCGGGGCGGGGCGGGGCGGCUCCCGUCUGGCGAGCCCCCGCCCAGCUGACCCGCAGCUCUCCCCCUCGCUCGCUGCUGCCCCGGCGUGCAGGGCCCGGCCGCCGCCAUGUCGGCCCCGUUCGAGCUCUCGGUGCAAGAUCUCAACGACCUGCUGUCAGACGGUAGCGGUUGCUACAGCCUCCCGAGCCAGCCCUGCAACGAGGUCACCCCGAGGAUCUACGUGGGCAACGCGUCUGUGGCUCAGGAUAUCCCCAAGCUGCAGAAACUGGGUAUCACCCAUGUCCUGAAUGCUGCUGAGGGCAGGUCCUUCAUGCACGUCAACACUAAUGCCAACUUCUACAAGGACUCUGGCAUCAUCUACCUGGGCAUCAAGGCCAAUGAUACGCAGGAGUUCAACCUCAGCGCCUACUUUGAAAAGGCUUCAGACUUCAUUGAUCAGGCCUUGGCUCAAAAGAACGGCCGGGUACUCGUCCACUGCCGUGAGGGUUACAGCCGCUCCCCGACUCUCGUCAUUGCAUACCUCAUGAUGCGGCAGAAGAUGGACGUCAGGUCUGCCCUGAGCAUUGUGAGGCAGAACCGUGAGAUCGGCCCCAACGAUGGUUUCCUGGCCCAACUCUGCCAGCUCAAUGACAGACUAGUCAAGGAAGGGAAAUUGAAACUCUAGGGCCCCUGCUGCCUCUUCUUGAGAGGUUCUCCAGGGAGGCCCUGGUUGAAGGUGUCCCAAGCCGCCAUGUUUAGAAAACACACUGUAUUCUGCUCUCAGCAUCACAAGGCACAUGCCCACAAGUCUGUCUCUACAUAGUUCUGGGACACUUUCCCCCUGGGGAACAUAUAAAGAAGCUUGGUAAGGAAGGCAUCUUUGCUCCCUGGUUGUCCUGUUGUAACUUAUGAUGUCCUUUUCCUUGGGGUGGGGGCUCAGAAGGGAAAGGCCUAUGGCCUGCAUGCUUCUUGAUGGCCCAGGGCAAGAGGUCUGUAGGAGUGGGAGGCCUGAGAUGCUCACAGGGGCCCCUUAUGACCUCCCUUCCCUUACCCCCAAAUCGUGUCCUGAAAGAGAACCUCAGCACUUGAGCCCUAGUAAAGGAACUAGGCAAACACGGGACCCCUCCCCACCACAUCUGUGUCCCCAGGUGUCCCUGCAGCCUUCCACGCUGUGCAUGGCAGAGUUCUCGCAUCACAAGCUCUGAGGCUGGGGCAGGGGGGUGUCUGUCAGUUGUAGUGGAUGGAGAUUCCCACAAAAGGCUGCAUUUUAAUUAUUUCCUUGGGAUUAAUUGGGUGGGCAAUGAAUUCUCCCAGAGGACUGUUCUAAAUCCAUAGAGUUUUAAAAAUGUGAAUCUUUGAAAGGUUGAAUGCAGAACUCACAGCUUUGGAAGAUUUCUCUUGGACCUCUUUCAGUCACUUCAUUUGUUAGAAGAGCGAUGCUUUGGGCAUGGUUUUAUUUUUCUUUUUUAGAAAACAGGGUGUUGAAGUCCAGCCUAUUUAAAAACUCCACCACUUGGAGAAUUACAAAGGUUUUGUCCUCAAUUAUAGUGUGGGUGAGCCCAAGCCACUCGUGCAAACUGCUUUUUGUCUCAGUUGCUAUUUCGAGACCCGAAGGAGGAAGCUGGCCAAUGACGGUGCGUGUGUGUAGGUGUGUGUGUGGGGGGGUGUACCUCUCGGAAACGCAGCCAAGGGACAAGAAAGGGAACGAAUGGUCCCAGGCACACACCCUGCCAUCUACAGGUGGCUCUUAAGGCUCUCUGGUGCCAGUGCAAGGUCCCUGGAAGGACUUAGCCCAGGCAGAAGCAAGACAUGGCAGAGUGGCCAAAUGGAUCCUGUAUUAGUGGUAGAGCAAACAAACAGAAACAACCUUUUAAAAGACUUUUUUAGGAUGAUAUCAGGAUGCACUAGCACUCUUAUGUA